UUACAGCACUGGAGACUACUCUGUAAUUUACUGCUCUAUUACUCAGCUCUACAGCUCAGCUCUACACCUUCACCAGCGGCUCUACUGCGAGUCGCUGGUGAUCCUCACAACACCGUUUUACUUCAACUGACCUUCAACCUGAUACAGUUCCAUUCCAUCCAGAUCUACACCAACAGGUUUUUACACCACACACAUUUUACACCACACACUUUCUACACUUUCUUCACUUUCUACUCACUUUCUACAUUUACAUAUACUUUCACUUACACCCAACAUCUUCAUCGCCAUUAUCAACCUGGCCACCUCAUCGGAGCAACGGGGAAGGAAGAGGACCAGACCCCAGGAGACACUUGAUGACCCUGGAGCAUCUGCUGCUCCUGCAGAUCCAGCAGCGAAGAGGAGGAAGACGCAGACCUCGACCACUGUUCUUACCCACAGGAUGGUCGUCAGGAACGCCUUCUGUUCCAGGCUGCUGCGGUUGUUAGGAGAUUUCUUGUGUCGCUGCUGUCGACUCCUCACGGGUCUUCGUCCCACCGUCCCCCCGUUUUGGAUUCUCAACGUUGACGUGUCACUGACCGUGCUCGGAUAUCAGGACCAGCCCUUCAUUUGCCCAGGCACCGUGGUCUUUCUUUACAUGCUGUGCCGCGACACUGUUCCGGCGGACGUGUCCAGCGUGGAGGAGCUGCGGGCGGUGCUCCUCUCCUGCCUGUAUGUAUCGUAUGCAUACAUCGGCCAUGAGAUCAGCUACCCAGCAAUGCCUUUUAUUCUGAAGACCGACAGGCAGACAUUUUGGAAUCGCACACUGGACAUCACCAUGCGCAUGAGCCGGAAGAUGCUGGAGAUCAACAUCUCGCCACACGUCUUCACCAAGGUUGUUUCCGACCUGAAGAAGAAGAUGGAUUGUUAAUUUCUAUUUUUUCGAUUUUCUAUUUUACAGGUUGAUCAGGUUCGAAUCCUGUUCAUGUAGCUUGCCAUCGGCUACUGGAUCUUUGAGAGAGCACAAUUGGCCUUGCUCUCUCUGGGUGGGUACAGUAGAUGGCGCUCUUUCCCUACUUCACUUCUAAGGUGAUGUCGAUCAGCACGAGGCGUCUGUGAGCUGAUGUAACAGAGUUCAAACAUACAAGUGUUUUAUUGUUAGAAUUCCCCAAAAUUCUUCUCCUUAUAUUCUGCCUGUAUUGAUAUAGAGUGGCUGGGUUGGAAUGGCUCCUCCCCUUUCCCCCUCUUAUAUUUCCUCCCCUCACCCUGCCUCUUCCCUUUCUGUACAUGAUGUGUAAUGGAGAGGUAGGUGUCAGAAACUGCUUCAAUUUUAAUCCAAAAUAAUCCUAUAUUUUAAUAUAAUCGUAAAACUCCAAAUUGCUCUAUAUAUGUCCCUAAGUUUAUUAACAACUAUUGUACAUUAAAAUAUCUUGCUAGUAAUCAAUAUUAAAACUUUUAGAUGCAUGUUUGUGCACCGCUAAUGCUACAGUACAUGGUCUGUGCUAGCAUGCAGGCUAACUAGCUAAUUAUUCCCUGUUUUUAUAUGCUUUUAUACUUAAGAGAGGAGCAGAGAGGGGAAAAGAGGUGCCAAUCUAGCCAGAGCUAAAGCCUGUUUCUGUUUUCUGUUUAUCAGGUAUGAGGAGUUUUAUUUUAUAUGUGUUAAAAAAGAUUUGUAGAGCGCUUAGGCUAAGUGGCUAAAUGGCUAAGCUAAUUAUGCUAGUUUGAGCAUGGUCUAACCUAUUAAAUGCUAAGCUAAAUAUCUUUGACUCUGUUAUUAAGUUUAUUAUCUUGUAAGCCUGUAAAUCUCUGCAAAUAUUGCCCUUUCUGUACAUGAUGUGUAAUGGAGAGAGAGGAGCGGAGAGGAGAAAAGAGGUGCCAAUCUAGCCAGAGCUAAAGCCUGUUUCUGUUUUUCUGUUUAUCAGAAUAAAAUCCAGUAAAGACACAACGCAGAGUCUGUCAUCUCUAACCACCGGUUACACUGAUGUAUCGGAAUUGAGUCGUUGAUUUUUCCUCCGAGCGUGCUUGAUGCUACUCGGCAAUGCUGCAUCAGCAGCAGUUUGAGAAGAUGGCUGACUUCACGUGUAUCGGAGGAGGCAUGUGCUAGUCUUCACUCUCCUGGUGUGAUGGGGCAUCACUAGUGAUAGGGGGAGUCCUAAUGAGUGGGUUGGGUAUUUAGCUUUGUAAAUUGGGAAGAAAAUAGGAAAACAAAUUGAAAUAAAACGAGUAAAUAUAAAUAAUAAAAUAAGUAAAGAAAAGAAAAUACUUACUAUUAAAUAAUUACUAAUGUUACUACUAGGAAUACUGGCAACCAGUGCAACAUAGUAUUAGACAACAAAAACCUAAAUAGAUUUAAAACUAAAUAAGAACAAAACGAAUAGAUUACACCACCAUUAAAUAUACACAAAAUAGUUUGCAGGACACUUGGACAGAACCUGAUCAGGCCUGGGACACUUAAAAAGACGUGGAAGAACUGGUAAGUAUGCAGGGCAGGAAACUUCCAUUCAUGUUCAGCUGUCAGCUUCAUGUGUUUUGGAGGCGGCACAUGCUAGCCUUCACUGCUCCAGCUUGAUAGCAGCGUACGUGAUGGGAGAGGAACUGCUGAUGCAGGAAAGGAGGAUUUGUGAAGGACAAUGGGACUGGACACAGACUGGAUACUAGAAGUGGACCUGAGGACGAGACAUCAGCUAGAAAUAGGUGGAUCAGAUUUUUACAGGAGGAUGGAAACAGAAACUGGAUAGUGGACUAAAGACUGGACACAGCGGCUAAACAAUAGCUAUAUAUUUAUUUAUUAUCUAUAUAUUUAGUUUAGUGAUCUGUUGGGAUGUCCGGUGUCGACCAGUGGAGGACUGGUUCCCCCUUUGAGUCUUGGUUCCUCUCAAGGUUUCUUCCUCUUGAUCUGAGGGAGUUUUUCCUUGCCACUGUUGCCACUGGCUUGCUCAAAAGGGGUUUAGACCCGGACCUAGCUAUUUAGGUUUAUUUCAAUUCAACUGAAUAUUAGACCUGAUCACCUUGCAGAUCAUUAAAACUUUCAAUAACUAGUAACAUUAGCCAGUAUAAUUUUGUAUUUAUGUUAGGCAGAGUACCUUUAAGACCAAUAUGGUUGCCAGUUUCAGUUUUAAUGGUCACUUUCAUAAUAAAUUAUUAUUAAUUAUAUUAAUUUUACUUAAAAGUUACAAAUAAUUAUUUAGCUCAUUUAUUUUUAAUUAUUAUGUAGUAUAAUAGAACGUAUAAAUAAUCUUUCAAUUAAAUAUAUUAAUUCCAUCUAAACUGCUGUUAAAGUGCUUUUAUUAAGCCUGCCAGUGUCAAAAAGAAAUAAGCAUUAUUCUUUUCUUAUUAAUUAAUAAACUAUUACUAAUCAAUUAAUUCUUGACUAUUUAUGAACUCAGAUUAAUAGCAAAGCAAAGAUUAAAUAAAAAAAAAA